CGUCACGUGACCUCCACUUCCGUAUUUAAAACAUGGACCGUGGACACUGCUCGGUAAAGUAUUCCUUUUGAACGGGGCGAGGUCAGAUCAGAAAGCACAUAUAAGACAUUGGACACAUCGCUCGACUUUUUCUUCGAUUAUUUUCGCGAUACCUCAGAAUCGUGAUGCAUUGGACAGCGCUUGUGUUGGCAUCAAGACUCCUUGUGGCCACUGUCGCCUUGGACAACGGCCUCAUGCGAACCCCUCCUAUGGGCUGGUUGGCUUGGGAACGCUUCCGCUGUGACCUAGACUGUGAAAAUGACCCCAAGAACUGCAUCAGUGAGAAUCUGUUCACUGACAUGGCCGACAGGCUGUCAGAAGAUGGCUGGAGGGAGCUGGGCUAUGUCUACGUCAACAUCGACGACUGCUGGUCAUCCAUGCAAAGAGACGAGCGGGGGCGGCUCCAGGCGGACCCGAAAAGGUUCCCAGGAGGCAUCCGCCGACUGUCCCGCUACAUGCACGACCGGGGUCUCAAGUUAGGUAUCUAUGGUGAUAUGGGCACACACACCUGCGGGGGCUACCCAGGCACGCCUCUGGACAAGAUCGAGGUGGAUGCUCAGACCUUCGCCGAGUGGGAGGUUGAUAUGUUGAAGUUUGACGGUUGCUAUUCCAAUGCAAAGGAGCAGGAGCAAGGCUAUCCUCUCAUGUCCAAGGCUCUAAACGCCACGGGCCGUCCUAUUGGCUACUCCUGCAGCUGGCCUGCCUACCAAGGUGGUCUGCCACCUAAGGUGAAUUACGGUCUUUUGGCCAAGAUCUGCAACGUGUGGCGUAACUACAACGACAUCCAGGACUCGUGGGAUAGCGUGCUGAACAUUGUGGAUUGGUUCUUUGACAACCAGGAUGUGCUGAUUGCUGCAGCCGGGCCCGGAAGGUGGAAUGACCCCGAUAUGUUGAUCAUUGGUGACUUUGGCCUCAGCAUGGAGCAGUCUCGGUCACAGAUGGCUCUCUGGGCCAUCAUGGCCGCGCCUAUCUUCAUGUCCAACGACCUUCGCACCAUCAGUAGUGGCGCCCGCAGCAUCCUGCAGAACAAAAUGGCCAUCAGAAUCAACCAAGACCCGCUGGGCCUUCAAGGUCGACGCAUCCUGAAGGAGAAGAGCGGGAUUGAGGUGUUUUGGCGGCCGCUGUCAAACAAUGCCAGUGCCCUGGUGUUCUUCAGUCGACGCAAUGACAUGCCGUACCGCUACCAAACAUCCCUCGGCAAGUUGAACUACACUGCGGGUAUCUACAAGGUGUAUGACGUCUUCUCUGGGAAAACUGCGAUGCUCAAAGAUUCAAGUAGCUUCGUGGUGUCUGUGAACCCCACGGGUGUGGUCAUGUGGUACGUCUCGGCCCCCACCAAACCGAAACCCCCCUCGCGCCAGUUCUUUGGAGAUGACCGACUCGGAGGACUCGCCCGGGGUGACCUCUCCAACGACAUUCCGCCCAUUUUUCUGUGAGCUUCCUGUUCCCCUAAGAUUUUACUGACCAGAUCGAACUGGAGGUGUAUUUGGAAGACUGAAGUUGACUCAGGGCCAGAGUAUUUUUAUUUUUAUUUUUUUUUAAUAAAGAGAAAUUUCUAUGUGAACCACUUUGAAAUCCACACACCUUAUGUUCCUUUUCAAAGUGGCAAUCUAUAAAGCAUAUAAAUAACACUGCUGCGCUAUAAUAGAUUUUGCUGCAUGUCACAAUUUGGAAAUAAGGUUGCACUUGAACAUCAGUGGUUGACGCAUUAUGAACUAUUUGUUGUUUUAGCUUAAGUAAAUGUAUAUCAAAGACAA